AUGGACGAAUCAAUCGUAAAUGAACCUUCAAACGGAUACGGAAGUGAACAAGAGCGGGCGGAUGGCGUGCGGCUUGUUGUUCUGAAUCUCCCGGAGGAUGAAGGGGAAGGAUUGGGGUUCAGACUUACGAGGACGCUUUGGGAUCCAUAUCCUUGGGUUCGCGAAGUGACGACAGGAUCGAGAGCCGACUCAGCUGGUUUGAGAGCCGGUGACUGCUUGCUGCAAGCUGACGGCAAGAACUUGUUGGGGAUGCCGGUGGGACAAGUGGCCGGUUUGAUCAGAGGAGAUGGCACUGGUGGAGGAGUAACUCUACUUGUUUGGAAUUGCGGUGUCGAUCCCAAAGACGAUCCCGAGUUGCUCUGGAGCUGUGGAGGCGGUUCCCGAGGAGAGAAGUCCAGACGAGCACUAGCCGGGGUUAUUAAAGCGCUAUCAUGUUGCGUGUGUGCCGCUACUGCUACUAAAGCUUUGACUUGCGCCAGAUCUCAUCUAUAUUGUGAAGCAUGUUGGAGCAGACUCGAACGCUGCGCGUUGUGCAGAGAAAAUUUACCUUCAAAGGAUUCGCCUUAUGCAAGAAAUUUAGUUGCGGAACAGGUUUUCGAAGCAAUAGCAAUAGAAUAUGAAAUAAAAGAUACAAUUAGAAGAGCAUCAAAAUGCGCCUCAGCGUACACAUCUCCCGACCGAUCGCCAAAUAUAUCUCCAACCACGAGUCGGAAAGGUCAAUACCAGCUGUCAAUGAUGAACAGAAACAGAAGAAACGUGCAAUCUAACGAGAAAUUUGCAUCUGACCCCAACAUACAUCGCUCGCUGAACCACAACGAUUUAAAUAAACAACUUCUUAGACAAACUUUAAAUCCUACCAAAAAGGUAGAAAGUUCAAGUGUUGGUAGCACAAGUAGCAGCUGCAGCUGUCAAACUCAGAACAAUUUGCACAGAUUAGAUAAAAAUACAGAUACCCAACUAAAAGAGAGUAUACCACAGAUUUUUGUCGAAGAUGUGGGGCUAGAUAAAAAUAACUGUUCAAUGAACGGCAAUAAUUUUGUGCAGCAUAAGUUAGUGACGAAGUUAAGGCAGGCUUCUUCGAUGGCCGACCUUCAGAAUACUGCUGUAUCUGCCUGUUCUCUAUCUAAAUCAUUAAAUAACAUCAGCUUAGGAAAUAAAUGUUGCAACAGUGGCAACCAUAGGAGCUCCUUGGAAAAUUUUAAGUCGAACUGCAUCAGUGCUGCUGAUCCACCUGUGUACGUUCUAGCAGCUCCGCAACCAAUUUACUUGGUGACUUGUGAUCAUGUAAAAAAUUGA